AUGUUUGCUCAUGUUAUUGCUACACUUGGUUUGUGUGAGCAGCUGAUUCAGAAUGAGGGUGAAGGUGUUCAUUUACUGGUCUAUUUUGGCAGAUGGCUGAUUGAUGGAAGUCCUUAUGUCGUGCUGUUAGACAUUGGUGCUUCUAAUUGGAGUCUCGACCAGUGGAAGACAGAGUUGUGGGACUCUUGCAAUAUUGGAAUUCCCUGGUUUGACAAGGAAGCUAAUGAUGCAGUGCUCUUUGGGUUUCUCACCACAUGGUUCUUGGGAGAAUUUGCAGCCCAGUCGAAAGGUGAGCACUUCAUCCUUGCUCACUUCCAUGAAUGGCUGUCAGGGAUUGGCCUGGUUAUGACUCGCAUUCGAAAACUACCCGUUGCAACAAUUUUUACAACUCAUGCAACAUUGUUGGGACGCUACCUCUGUGCUGGCAAUGUUGAUUUUUACAAUAGUCUGAAAAACUUUGAUGUUGAUAAAGAGGCUGGUUCAAGGCAGAUUUACCAUCGAUACUGCAUGGAGCGAGCUGCUAUUCACUGUGCCCAUGUCUUCACCACAGUGUCAGAGAUAACUGCCAUGGAGGCAGAGCACCUGCUGAAACGCAAACCAGAUGUGGUCACUCCUAAUGGACUCAACAUAAAGAAGUUCUCUGCUAUGCAUGAAUUCCAGAACCUACAUGCACGCAGUAAAAGUCACAUCCAGGAGUUUGUCCGGGGCCACUUCUAUGGAUGCCUGAACUUUGACUUGGAUAAGACCUUGUUUAUUUUCAUCGCAGGAAGAUAUGAGUUCUCAAAUAAAGGUGCUGACAUAUUUCUGGAAGCUUUGGCUCGUCUAAAUUAUCUACUCAAGGCAAACCGAAGUGAAGUAACGGUGGUUGCAUUUUUCAUCAUGCCUGCAAGGACCAAUAACUUCAAUGUGGAAACACUUAAGGGGCAAGCAGUACGAAAACAACUUUGGGACACCGCCAAUGUGAUCAAAGAAAAAUUUGGCAAAAAGCUUUAUGAGUCUCUUUUGGAAGGGGAGAUGCCCAAUAUAAACUCAAUUUUGGAUCAGGAGGACUUCACUAUGAUGAAGAGAGCCAUAUAUGCUACUCAGCGGCGUUCGUUACCUCCUAUUUGUACACACAACAUGCUGGAUGAUGCCAAUGAUCUCAUUCUCAAGGCAGUCCGAAGGAUUGGGUUGUUUAAUAGCAUGAGUGACAGAAUUAAGGUCAUCUUUCACCCUGAGUUCCUGUCUUCCACCAGCCCAUUGCUUCCUUUGGAUUAUGAGGAGUUUGUACGUGGCUGCCAUUUGGGUGUGUUUCCUUCUUACUAUGAGCCAUGGGGAUAUACUCCUGCGGAGUGCACAGUGAUGGGAAUCCCUAGCAUCACCACCAACUUAUCUGGCUUUGGGUGCUUUAUGCAGCAACACAUUGCUGAUCCAGCAGCAUACGGGAUUUACAUCCUUGAUCGUCGUUUUAGAUCUCUGGAUGACUCAUGCAAUCAACUGACCUCGUUCAUCUACAGCUUCUGUCAACAGACUCGUCGGCAGCGUAUCAUUCAAAGGAAUCGCACAGAGCGCCUCUCUGAUCUGCUGGACUGGAAGUAUCUAGGAAGGUAUUACAUACAUGCAAGACAGAUGGCGUUAGCAAAGGCUUUUCCGGAUUCCUUUACAUCUUCACUCUGGGAACCUGAAGUAAGUGAAGGUUUCUGCUAUCCAAGGCCUGCUUCCAAACCACCAUCCCCUGCUACCUCCCUUCAUUCCAGUCCCUACCACAGUGAAACCGAGGAAGAUGAAGAACGAUAUAAUGAAGAGGAAGAAGCAGAAAAAGACCGAAUGAACAUAAAACCAAUUGCUAUGAUCAAUUCAAAAUUAGAGAAGAGAAGGGUGAGGAAAAAGAGCCAGACCAGUGAGCCUACAUCACCGGGAAGCCUUAACCACAGCUCUAGUGACCCUGAAAACCAUAGUGACUUGGGGAUAGAUGAAAGGAACUAGAGCCAUGUGAGAAAUUAUUAAUGAUAACCACUGGGCUGCCAUAUUUUGCCAACUCCAAAACUGGUUGUGAUGAUUGGCAAGGUUAAGAAUUUAGACAGAGGAUGGGAUCAUGACUUGAGUUUUAAUGUUUACGUUUGACUAGUAUGGAAGAAUUACUUAAAAUGAUAGCCUCAAUGCUUAAUGCUUCCAAAUGAUGAGACAUAGAAGUAAUGACAGACAAACUGCACUUCUGAAGUCUGGCCUUAGGUUUUGAAUAGAUUGUCCAGACAUUUCUUACUGUCUGUUCAAAACAGGAUGGGUGGCAACCUAAAAUAGUCAGAUUGCUUUAGAGAUUGUAUACCCAGAGUGACAUAGUUACACUGAACAAAAUCUGCACGAAUGCCUUUGUUGCACAUUUUUCUGUAUAAAUUAACGUGUCAUUACCUGUUCACAGUCGAUGGUAUUUUUGAAAUAGGUAUUUCAGCAAGUAGAACAGAAUCCUUGGAAAACUAAUAGAUGCUUUUGUUGCACGGUUGUAUUGAAGGACUUCAAAAUAUUGCACGUUACUUAAAAUUGUACUCUUGAAUGACCAAUCAUCAUCUGAACUCUAAAUUGAAACACGCCAACUCAGAAACCUCCCAGUUACUAGCUCUCUUUCCUCACUACCCUCACUAUAAGGCUGUGAUUUAUAUGUUAUCACAAUCAGAUGGAAAAUUUUGCAAAAUAACUUUGAUUGCUAUGUGUAUCUUUUAAGAUUUUUAAAGGAAUGGAGCUCCUUUCAUAUUUUAAUAUUGGAAAUAACUGAAAAAUACUCAAGGUACUUCCUUUGUUCCAUUUUAUUCAGGUACAAAAUUAAUUCACAAAGAAAUUGUGCUUUUUUUUAAUGAGCCAAGUGAGCUUGGCCUUGCUUCCCUGUUAGACUCCUCUUAAGACACCAGCAACCUGGAGCAACACCACCAAAAUUAUUUGGGGCUUGUAACAUUGGACAGUCCUGAGAGUCUAUCUGGUGAUGCCCAAUCUUGAAACAUUUUCUUCUUCCUGUCAUCCACACUGUAAGUAAUCUAAUCUAAUCUAAUCUAAUCUAAUCUAAUCUAAAAAAAACAUAAAACAACCAACCAACAAAUGUGGAUGUAAAUGUGUGUAAUUUUCCCUUGCUACGAUCUGAGGAAAGUACCAAGGUUUGCAGGACAAUACAGAGAAUUGGAGGAUGGAAAGUCUUUUCGGAUAGGACACAGCACUUUAAUCAAGAAAUUUUGGACCUUUAGUUUCUUUUACUCUCUAAAGAGAGGCAAGAAUUGUUGUUCUCCAAAUGUCAGAAUUCUAAAAUUUGCGAGUUAUGAAAUAUACUGUUUCAGUGAUAUUUUUCCAUUGUGGGCACCUUGAUGACAGCUUUCAGACCUCCCUGCAUCUGCAGUUUCUCCUAACUCCUGAUGUUCAGUUUGUGUGUAUUUUCUCUGUUGAAAGUAAACUUGGAAAAUUGUAAUGCAUUAGCAUAUUCUAAGUGACAGUGAAAAGUGAAACUGUGUGCAAAUAGUUAUUUUAAAAGCAUGCAAAUAAAACAAAGUACUUUUUUAGUUUGGA